CCCCGUGCCGCAGCGGCGGGCGGGACACGCUCCCGGUGCAGGUGGCCGGGCCGCAGCGGACGCGCCGGAGCCCGGCCACUAUGCUGCGCCUGGCUGCUUUUGCAGCACUGCUGCUGCUCUUCAGGGUCAUUCUGCAGCUGUCCUGGGCCCAGGCCAUCCCUGGUCUCUUCAUCUUCUACCUGGGAUCUGGUGGAUGGGAUUUCUUCCUCAUAUUCAUCAAGACAGUACGAAGGGAUGUCAGCACGGGGCUGGUCCUGUUGCGGGUGAAGUGGCAGGUAUGGAGGCACGUGAGGGAGAAGAACACAAUUGCCAAGAUCUUCCAGAAAACCGCCAGCAAGUACCCCGAGAAGACAGCGCUGAUCUUCCAAGGCACAGGGGAGAGCUGGACCUUCCAGCAGCUGGAUGAGUAUUCCAACCAGGUGGCCAAUUUCUUCUACGGCCAAGGCUUCCGCUCUGGUGACGUGGUGGCUCUUUUCAUGGAGUCCCGCAAUCAGUACGUGGGGCUGUGGCUCGGCCUGGCCAAGAUUGGGGUGGAAACUGCCCUCGUGAAUUCCCACCUGCGGAUGGAGGCCUUGCUGCACUGCAUCACCAUCUCCAACUCCAAGGCUGUGGUUUUCGGGGUGGAGAUGAUGGAAGCAAUGCAGGAAGCGCAACCCACCCUGGAGAAAUCUGUCCAUCUCUUCUGGUCUGGGGAAGGAAGCCCUGAGUCCACUCUGCCUGGAGCAAAGCACCUGGACCCCCUCCUGCAGCUUGCCCAGCGGCAGCAGCCACCCCCCCCCAAUAAGGGCUUUCUGGAUAAACUCUUCUACAUCUACACCUCUGGCACGACGGGGCUGCCCAAGGCUGCCAUUGUGGUGAACUGCCGGUACUUCCGCAUGGCCAGUUUAGUUUUUUACGGCUUUCGCAUGCGUCCCGAGGAUGUGAUGUACGACUGCCUCCCCCUCUACCACGCUGCAGGGAACAUCGUGGGGGUUGGGCAGUGCCUGCUGCAGGGCAUGACGAUCGUCAUCCGCAAGAAGUUCUCAGCCUCACAGUUCUGGGAGGACUGCGUGAAGUACAACUGCACGAUUGUGCAGUACAUCGGGGAGAUCUGCCGCUACCUGCUGAACCAGCCGUACCAGGAGGUGGAGCAGCAGCACCGGGUGCGCAUGGCGCUGGGCAAUGGGCUGCGCGCCUCCAUCUGGCGGGAGUUCAUGACUCGCUUCGGCAUCGCCCAGGUGGCAGAGUUCUACGGAGCCACUGAAUGCAACUGCAGCCUGGGGAAUUUUGACAACAACGUUGGGUCAUGCGGUUUCAACAGCAGGAUCCUACCAGGUGUGUACCCCAUUGGCUUGGUGAAGGUGGAUGAAGACACCAUGGAGCUGAUCCGGGGGCCAGAUGGUGUUUGUAUCCAUUGCAAACCAGGGGAACCAGGGCAGCUGGUGGGCCGCAUUGUCAAGAACAACCCCUUGCAGCACUUUGAUGGCUACCUCAAUCAGUCAGCUACCAAGAAGAAAAUUGCCAGGGAUGUGUUUACAAAAGGGGAUGCUGCCUAUCUCACAGGGGAUGUCCUGGUGAUGGACAAAUAUGGCUACAUGUACUUCCGGGACCGCACUGGAGACACAUUCCGCUGGAAGGGGGAGAACGUCUCCACCACAGAGGUGGAGGGGACACUGAGCCGUAUCCUCAACCUGACAGAUGUGGUGGUUUAUGGGGUGGAGAUCCCAGGGAUUGAAGGGAAGGCAGGAAUGGCAGCCAUCGCUGACCCAGAGAACUCCUGUGACCUGGAAGGCUUUGCCAGGGAGCUGAAGAAGGCACUGCCACUGUACGCUCAUCCCGUCUUCCUGCGGUUCCUGCACGAGGUCUCCAAGACAAGCACUUACAAGUUCCAGAAGGUGGAGCUGCGGAAGCAGGGCUUUGACCCAGCACUGGUGAGGGACAGGUUGUACUUCCUGGACUCCAGGCAAGGCCACUAUGUGCCACUGGACCAGGCAGCAUUCAGCAGGAUCCAGUCGGGAGAACAGAAGCUGUAACUGGUGAGGCUCAAGCAAGGCACCUCCUGAAAUCCUGCUGGGGAGAGAAGAAUAAAGCAGGCACUGGGGAAGAAAAGGUUCAAGGAGGGAUAUAAAGGCACGCUAGAGAUUUUAUUUUAUGAGUUUUACAGAUAAUGGUUUGGGGGGAACACAGCGGGGACCACUGGGAGGGGAAUGGUUACAAACCAAAGCAUAGACUCAUUAUGGCUUUAUUUUCUAAUUGGUACAGUGGUGGUGGUUCUGUGCCAUGGGAGGGGCAGGGCCCCGGCCAGUUGAGGAGGGGUGGGGUGCUCCUGCCAUUCCACUUUGCUUUUCCUGUCUUUCCCUCCCUUUUCCUGCCUGCAGCAACCCUUCCUUGUGAAGGCCAAGAAGGGGCCAAUGCUGGGCUCUUUCCCCAGUCCUCCACCAAGCAGUCAGCUCCUCCUUGGCACAGGGCCCACUGCCUGGCCCUGCUGGUGUGUUUCUUCUGUGAAACAGGGUAGUGCUAGGCUCAGGAGAGGGACAGGGAUGUGUUUCUGCCAUGCCUUGCUCUCUCCUGGGGGUGACAUUUCUAUUUUUCACAAUCACACGCACAUUAUAUUAUAUAUAUAUAAUACAUGCUGACUUUUUUUUUUUUCCAAUCUUAAUUUAUUGUCUGUACUUUUGAAUGUGUCCUGGGUUUGUGCAGUAAGUGGAGGAGCAGCCCAGACCUGUCUUCUCUUGGAGAGCUCUUUUCUCUCACAGGGAGGCAGGACACUCAUCUGGGACUGAUUCUCCUCUUCCAGCAUGGGUGCAGCUGUGCAUGUCCUUCUGGCCUUGCUUCAUGGUGAAGGACACGAGGGAACUCCAGCUAUCUUGUGGACACUUCUCUGGGUCUCUUACUUCCACCUUUUGUGGAUGCAGCCUUGUUUUGUGCACUUUCUUUUUUGCAAAAAAAAACGGGUGAGAGGUGGGGAAUGAAGGGCCUGGUUUGCCUCUGCUUAGAGACAUAAUCAGCACCAUAGAGCAGCUCUCAGGGCUUUCCUGCUGCCAUGUCUGUGCCCAAAACAUGGGAAGCAACAUGCCUAGGGGUGAGAAGAUCCUCUGGAGAUGGGCCUCAAACUGAAAUGUCUCUGUUGAACACCUGACUUGUGCCAGCAUUGUCAGAUGUGAAACAGCCUUAGCAGCAAUGUCUAAUUCCAGUUCUGGGUCCAUGCAGAGACGUCAGUUUCAGAUAAAACUCUGGAUUGGUGUUUAUUCUCCUAUUAUUUUAAUUUUACUUUUUUUUUUUUUUUUUUUAAUUUAAGAUUUGGUUUUAUGCUUUUAGGAGGGUUUCUUCUUAAAACAAUGUCUAUCUUCACGAGGGCAGGGUGUAUCUGCUCUUCUAGAUGUGCUUCCACACCAACAUACCUGCCUGCCCUGGUCUGUCUGGUCCUCACAAUUAAAUACGAGUUCAGGCUAUGCUGGAGUUUCCUACCUCUUCCUUGUGCAGUCCUGUGUGGGCAGAUGGGGAACUGUGCUGGUUUGGGAACUGGAGACAGCUGCUCCAGAGUACUACCUCCCAGAGUGGACUUUAGCUCAUCUCAGAGCAGGGGGAAGCAAACCCCUUGCUGCUGGGGUUGAUGACUGUGAAAACAACCUCUGAGUGGCCCCUCCACCAACUGCACGCUUUCCCAGUCUCCCUCUCCUGUUCUUGGUGUUGCCAUCCCAGUUUGUCCUGGCCCAAUUCUUCCUCUUUAUCCUGGCAUUCAUCCCCCUUCCCUCGCUGCUAGAAGCAUCUUUUAGACCCUCUGCAUCCAACCCUGGGGACUGGAGAAACCACAGCUCUUUCAUGGUACGUAGGGCUCAGCCUUCAAACGAGGUGGCUGUGCCUGCAAGGGGUCAUCUUUAGGUUCCCGGGGGUGUCCCCUGGGCCUGGGGGCUGGUGCAGGGUGGGCAGCCACGGCUGCUGCCUCUGCAAGAUGUUCUGGUCCCGUUUUGGGCUGCUGUUCCUCUUGCAGCUGCCAGUGGAGGGCAGGCUGCGUUCUGCAAAUGUUUCGCCUCAAGGGGGAAACCUCUAAGGGCUCUCCCGGGGUUCCACAGUCCCCAUCCCUGGAGAGUUCAAAGCCUUGGAAAGCGGUGGGGAGCACUUGGAUCAGGGGGGUUGCCUGCACAGGGGACAGAUCAGACCCUGCCUGGAGUGGAGAGGAAGUUUUGGGGACAGAUGGUGCUGGGUGUGAGACCUGGGUGCUGCUGCUCCCCUCUGCUGGGGCUCCUGACCAGAGUGUGUGCUGGCAGAGAUUUUGGCAGCACCAAGGUCACCCUGUUGUGCCAGGACGGUGAUGGGCAGCGGGUGGUGGUUGUUGUCUGGAGAUGGAUGGUUUGAAGUGAUGCUGGAGACAGGAGCUGCUCUCCCUUCCUGGGGGUGGCCAUGCUGCCCACCUCACUCUGAAGGAAGAGGGGCUGUGGGUCAAGGAUCAGCCCUGUGUUUCUGUCUUUGAGAGAGCAGGAUGGGUUAAAAAAGCCAAAAGAAUUCUGCAUUCAGGGCACUGUUAAAUGCAGGUGCAAACAGUUCUGGAAGCUGUUACUUAUUUACGAGUCAGCCCAUCUAAGCAGAGACUGCCUUGUGUUGUUGGGUUCUGGAGAGGGAUGGGGAUUGUAGGCACAGCCAAGGCCCGUGCAAGGAGCAGGAUUUAGCUCUUGGUGGUGCCCACACACCCAAGGGGCUGGGACCUG